AUGAAACCGAACAGUCCUCCCAAAAUGAGUGAACCUGACGCUACGAGCUCUAACAUUCCUCUCGAGGAAAACAAAAAGAGUGAUUCGAAGCGAAAGCUUUUAUUAAAAACACAGGAAGAAAGCUCGAAGACGCCGAAUAAAAAAAAGAACCCCAAGACGCCGACCACUGCAACCGGACCCAAGUCAGCCAAAAAAGAGAAGAGCCCCAAGUCACCGAAGGUUCUGCUCGGGAAACCAGAGACGAGCCCCGACAAAGGAAAGGCUCCUGCUGUGGUACAACUAAACAUUUCUCCCGAGGCAAAAAAUGACAACUCAACCAGAAAAAAACUUAUGCACGCAGUUGCUGGCGUUACCGAAGUAGAGGCCGAAGCUCGGCUUGUUGAAUCAUCGCUCUCCAUGAGUGAAGCCGACGGACAAGGUGACGCAGUGCCGCAACUACCGGAACUUGAAAGUGACGAGGUACGAUACUUCGAGCUUGUCCAGGCAGGUCGCAUCAGCGAGCUCCAGGAGUUUUUGGACGCUCAUAAGAAACUCAACAAAGACGCCGUUAACUGUCAGGGGUACACGGCGCUGCACGCCGCCAUACACAAGAAAGACUUGCCAAUGGCUCGUUUCUUGGUAUCCAAGGGAGUACGGCUCAUGGAUGCGCUUCUUCAUGCUGUCCAGACCGGUGAUAUCGCAAUGACAGAGUUCCUUCUCGGCGAACGCAGCAAGACGGAAGAGGGCUGCGGGAAACGUGGUUACGCAUCCAGCCCUUCUUUCACAGUCGACAUCAGCCCUGUUAUUUUGGCAGCGCAAAUGAAUGAUUGGGAUCUUAUACGAUUCUUCUUGAAGCGAGGGAUAACCGUAGAUCCGCCACACAUGGCUUCUUGCAUGUGCUCAAAGUGCAUCAAGUCGACUCGCGCGAGUGACGUAAACACAUCUACACGGAACCUCAACGCUUUCAAGGCCAUCUCAAGUCCACACUACCUACUUCAGGUGUCUGCCGACCCCUUCCUAGACGCCUUCAUGUACGCGAAACACAUGGAAAACGCGUCGAGCGUAGAAGAAGAGUUCAAGAUGGCGUACGAGGAGGAGAUAAAUAAACUGCGUGCUUUUGUCAGGGCGCUGCUGGAUCAAUGUCGAACAGGGGAGGAGGUACAAACCCUGAUGGAGCGGAAGGCUGGUCUUGACGGAGAUAUAGGACACCUCACAUUCCCCCGUAUCAUUUUGGCUCUCGAGCUCUACCAGAAGGAGUUCGUCACGCAUAGCUACGUACAACAAGUUCUACGUCUCGAGUGGGAAGGAGAGUUUCAAGCCUGGAGCCGACUACCUCUUGUCAGCAAAGUUGGUCAUGGUGUCGCCCGCUUCCUGACCCUGCCUCUCAUUGCGCUCUGGGUGAAGUUAAGGCCGAACACGAAAGUGACGAAACACUGGACGAGUCCGGUGAGCAAGUACCUACAUGCCUUCGCAGGCCGCAUACUUUUUGUCGUUUUUGUUUAUCUCGAGAUUACGCUGGACAGAGCCCGGAUGUCGAGGGGACCGCCAAACACCGGACUGGAAUGGCUCAUCGUUAUCUGGGUUAUCGGAUACAUCGGCGAGGAGAUCGUGCAUUGCUGCGCCAAGGGAUCCAGUCGCUACUUCAAGAGCCUCUGGACUUGGUACGACAUCACCAUGUUGUCUUUCUUUAUACUUACCUUCGUCUUCUGGCUUGUGGCGUGGGUCGAGGUAUCUCAAGAUCCAAGUGGAGGAGACAUGCCAAAAAGAAACGAGUGGCCAAGCACCGACAGUACUUUGGUGCACGAGGGACUGUUCGCCGUAUCUUCAGUCUUGAGCGUGUUCAAGCUUGUGUGGUUUCUCCAAGAAAGCGCCAAGUUGGGGCCCCUACAGGUUUCUAUUUCGAGCAUGAUCAUCGAAAUUGUUCGAUUUCUUUUCUUUUGUGUGGGCAUUAUGCUUGCCUUUGCGUUUGGACUCACCCGAAUGUACGAGCCUUAUGCUGGCAUGAAACGAAAAGAGGAAAACGGUGACGAAGUCACGCAAAGCCGUGCUUUCAUAUCCUUUUCGCAAUCUAUGAAAACAUUGUUUAUUAGAAUGUUGGGGGUAGCUUCGGAAGAACAGUCUGAUGUUGUCGUGUCAAAUCGGAACGACGGCUCAAUUAACACACAUGACUUGACCCAAUUUCUUGGAUCCCUGAUGUACUGUACCUAUCAAGUUAUCAUGCUCGUCGCUAUGUUGAAUUCUUUGAUAGCCAUCGUGACGGCCACCUUUCAAAAGAUCUUAGACAAUGCCGAACUUUACUGGAAAUAUUACAGGACAAAGUUAUGGAUGCACUAUAUUAAUGAGGCCAUGACAGUGCCCAGUCCUUUUUAUUUUAUUCAGAUACCUUUCUUUGUGAUGGAAGCAGCCACAAAAAAACGUAUGUGGCCCGCUAGAAGAGAACCGACGCUGUCGCACUCGGAGGUCAUACAGAAUUUAGUGCAGAGAUACUUGUGCCAAAAUAAGGCUGUUUUGAACAGUUGA